UGGGCUUCGGUUGCUUCGUGGUUUUUCCGCCCCGACUCUUCACCACUCACCUGCACCACUACAAACACCAAUACUACAACUACCGGUAGUUCCUGCACCAGCAGAACUACCAAUACCAUCACCAGUAGGUCACCCGCUGAUCCCGCCACCGUCAGCGACAGACACCUCACUCUUGUGCCGGCCAUUUGCACGGCUAUCCGUUGUACUGUGCCGAGCUGUUCCUGUGAGUGCUUCAGGCCAGGCAAGAUGAACAUUCGUUACUGCGACACAUGCAACCAUAGUUGGGUCCCGCAUGCGCUGGACAAGCUGGGGUUCCGGCAUGUGUACGGACAGAGCCCUGUGGAGCCCGUCCAGCCCAAUGUUGCUUUCGACAUCGCCAGUCUGGUUCUGUACGGCUGUCAGGCGCUACCCAUCAGGCUCAAGAUUCUUCUGGACAGGCUGUUCUCUGUACUGCAGCGCGAGGAGGUCCUUCAAGUCCUGCACGGCUUCGGCUGGACACACGAGGACUACGCCCGGGGGUACAUCCUCCAGGAACCCCACGGGGGCGUGCUUGACCGGUGGAAUAUCUGCAGCCCAGAGGAGGAGCCCUUAGUUUUGCAGCAGUUCCUCAGGUUUGGAGAGACGCGAGCCAUCACUCAACAGUUGCUGCUAGCACAACAGGAUUUACACCCGCCCUCCUCCACCUCAUGUUCAUCCUCCAGUGAUAGCCGAAACGUGGCACCAGGCUCCCAUCUACACCAGCUUAGGAUAGACUCAGAUAUCAAGAAGUUCAUAGAAAGGACUAGCAGUCGCGUUGCGCCUAUCAAACAUCAGGACGGAGAAGAGAGGGAGAGAGAGCGAGAUCGUGAGAAAGACAGAGAAAGAGAGAGAGAUAAGGAAAGAGAGAGGUCGUCAAAAUCUCUUCAACAACAACAAUCGUUCCAUAGCUUGCAACAACUCCCUCACAGAACUCACAAACAGCGGACAGUAUCUCCUACCAGAAGACCUUCCCCACCAACAACGUCAGCCUCCCAUCACGUAUCACACCAUGUCCACCCUCUCCAUCUAGGCCUACAUCACUCCACGUCACAUCCUAGCCACGUAAGUCUCCCAUCAACUAGGCCACCUCCACCGCCACCCAUGUCUCCACUUCAGAAACCGGCCCCUGUCAAUCUACUGAAACUACCUCCAGCAGCACUGCCUUGCACGACAUCCUCGCCACCCAGCAGCAUUAGCAGCAAUCCCAUCAGCGUGUCGCCACUCAACAGGCUGCAAAGUAUGCAGCCCUUCGACUUCCGUAAGAUCGGUGGCUUCCCGGGAGGAAUAGGAAGUGCUCCGCGGGGUGGCAGCGGAAGUCCAGAACUUCACCAUCCUCAAAUGCGGAGGAGAAUAUCGGAAACUUCAGACACCAGUCCCCCAGGACUCAUGAAUCUAAGCAUCACCAGCCCCACUUCCCUUUGUCUACCACCACCUCAACCUCCCCCUCCUGUAUCCACUAGUUCUGCUGUUCCUGUCAGUUUCAACCACUCUGCAAUGGCUGCAGCGGUUGCUUCAGCGGGACCCCUAGCUGCGGCCAGUUUAGUAGCUUCAUCAUUGCCUUGUCUCAUUUCAUCUGUCUCAACGCCAGGAAGCAAGUCUCCAUCAGUCAUGGGAACCGACUUCAUGAGCGGAGGAGGCAGUAGCGAAUUCGGAUCUGAUGAUGAUGACGACGAUGAGGAAAAUUCGCAUAGUGCACUUAAUUUAAGUAGAGACGGUGCUAUUAUGAAGCCUAAGCAGCGCCAUGGCCACAUUCGAAAAGCCACAACACCUAUGAAAAGGCACUGGGGAUCUGGGACAGAGUUGCCUCUCAAUCUGGGAACACAGCUCAUUAAUCCUGCAACAGGAAAGAAGCGAGUGCAAUGCAAUGUGUGUCUGAAGACGUUCUGUGACAAGGGUGCACUCAAGAUCCAUUUCUCAGCCGUGCACCUCCGGGAGAUGCACAAGUGCACUGUGGAGGGCUGCAACAUGAUGUUUAGCUCGCGCCGCUCUCGCAACCGACACAGUGCCAACCCCAACCCAAAACUCCAUUCACCUCACCUUCGACGUAAGAUUUCUCCUCACGACGGGCGAAGUGCCCAGUCUCACCCAUUACUUAUCCCUCCACCUUCUGGCCUGUCCCUCUCUGCAGCUGCGGCUGCAGCACUCAACCCCUUAUCUUUCAGCCCAUUUCCUCUCCUAACACCACCGCCUGAACUUCGACAUCAAACUGCCGCUUCGGCCCUUUCAACAAUGGACCCAAAACAGAGCCUCGAUCUGAGCAUGCACAGGUACGACGAUAACCGUAAUAAUACGACAUCGUCAGACGAGACUCCAACGGCACUUAACCUAAAUAACCACCAGACAGAUGACGAUAAUGACGAUGCUUAUGACGACGAUGAAGAGGGCAUCGUAGUGGACGGCGGUGCUGAUGACGAUGAACCUGAAGUAACAGAAGCGAGACAGGCAAACGGUAGCCCGGAGAAAGACGACUGUGGCACUUUGGUAAAACGGGUAAAACUAUCUGAAUCUGAUAUGGACGAAAUGACUAGCAAUUUGGACAGCAACGAGGACUCUCUCAGUGUUGUAGAUACUCACAGCCUAAAGGAAGAGAACGGAGCUGAAUGCGCUGUUUUCACUUCGAAAAGUGUUAGGAAACGAAAGAACCAAAACCCUACUCGUUGUGCUAUACCAUCCAUAAUGGGACAUAACGACCUCAUGUCUGACGAAGAUUCGUCAAGUGACGCAGUGUAUGCUGCUGCGACACCUGAGGAAAACGUCAUUGAUAUACAACAGUGUAUAACAAUGGACCAGCGACAGAAUCAACAGCAACAAAAACAUCAUGAACAGCAGCAGCAGCAGCAGCAAUCACCCCAAGAACAAUGCUUGGACCCUCCUGACUCGGGCGUACCUCCUGAGAGCAGUAAUAGAGCCAGUGGAGAUACUGAAAUCGUUGACGUGCAUAUGGACGAAGACGAGCCUGAUCCGACCCAUCUGGGAGGAAACAGCCAAAUGGAAGACGUGCAUGAUGAGGUUAAUGAGAAAGAAAGAAAUGAAGUUAAGAUUGAAAAUCGAGAACGAAUAGAGGAAUCAGGGAGAGACGAUUCUAAUGAAAUUAAAACAAGUGUAACUCCUCUCAUUCCAGCCGACAAGCUGAAGAAAGAGAAGUCGCAGCCGGAAAGGACUGAAGGUGAAGAUGACUCCGCCGCAGCUACAACGACAGUGGGUGAAGACGAGCGGAAGGCAGCAAGGGCCCCAAGCUCGGCAGGAAGUCACAACAGCGAUGAGUCUCUUGACUCGUCUCAUGCUUUACGCCAGUUGGAGAGUUUGUCCCAUGGUCACUUCGGCGACCUGAUGCGGGGCGGAAGUCUCAACUUGGGGCAAUCUGGAUCGCCUCUCCUACACUCCCAGCAUCAGUUCCCUUCCCUGGGCUUCAUGAUGGGCACCGGCCCUCCAAGUCCCGAAGGUUCUUCCAUCACGUCCAACGGCCCUGAUUCACCUUCAGAAGACAACAGCCAGAAUAUGUUCUUUCACGAUUCUGGAGGUUUUAUCUCAAACUUGGAUGUUCCCAUUGACAAGGACAACCCACGCCGCUGCACAGCUUGUGGAAAGAUAUUCCAGAACCAUUUCGGAGUUAAGACGCAUUUUCAAAAUGUUCAUUUGAAACUUAUGCAUAAGUGCACAGUGGAGGGGUGCAACGCGGCCUUUCCCUCGAAGCGGAGUCGUGAUCGUCACAGUGCCAACCUCAAUUUGCACCGCAAGCUUCUUUCCACGUCCUCGUCAGAUAAAUCUGGUGGUGGACUGUUCCUCGAGAAGUCGCCGUUUGCGUCCUUGGCAGGUAGCCCGUCUUUACACAGUGAGUUCCUCGCCCGUCUUUAUGCAGAAUCCCAGUCACUUCCCAUAAGUUUAGAUGCUUUCAAGAACCUCCCCCACUCUCAUCCCCAUCUUGGACCACCACCACCGCCCGGUAGUUUAGCAGAACAAAUGCUUAUAAAUGGUGACCGAAUACCACCCCCACAUCCAUCCCUCCUGCUUCCUCCUUUAGGCAGUCUUGCCGGCUUUCCUGGUCUGAAUAAUUUUACCGGCCAUUUGUCUUCUCCGGCAGCUGCAAUGUCUGCAACAGUGAACGGGACGAGUUCAUUAAACGAACGGAAGGAACGAUCGUCAGGAUCGAAUUCCCCAGCUUCUCCUCCGUCGCCCCCAACGGACCGCGUGGCCACGUCACCAAGUGCGGCUCCAGGCAAUACGCAGGUAUCACUCGUGUACAGUGUCGAGGAGGACAGUCCAGUGCCGGACCACGAUGGAUUUCUGUCGUGCAGUUUCUGUCGGAAAUCGCUGCCGGAUACUGGAGCGCUCAAAGAGCAUUAUGAACAGCUUCAUUUAGGGGAGAUGUUUAGGUGCACCGUUCCGGGCUGUGAUAAAGUGUUUAGCUCCCGGAACAAACGGAACCUUCACAGUGACAACGAAACAUUGCACAGUGGGGCCCAGCACUGCGCGCCAACAAGUGAUAGCUGCUCGUGACAUAGCGGGUCAAUCCUCCACCGCUACAACUCCCUUGUGCCAGCGUGGUGGUAGGUGCAGAAUGCCUUGCAGUCUCCAAAAUUUUAAUUUAAACAAUCGUAUUUACAUCCGGAAGGAAGGCCAGCAACCAAUACGCUACAAUUGACGAAUGUUUUAGAUAAGAUGUUACAUUACCUCAAGAGGAAUAAUUUACUGCACAUCUGAGAUAUCUUGAAAUGUUGUCAUUCUUCGCAUAUAUAUUGGCUUCAGGAAAAAAUUAACAUUCUGAGCUAACACACAAUAUACUUAAGGUUUUUAUUAUAAGACAUCCUAAAUAAGAAAGAUGGGCAGUUUCCAGAGGAGUGAAACUUGCGAGCUUACUACUCUUAACAAACAAACGAUAGAGAAUGAUUCUUUUGGGUGUACUAUGAGGAUUGUCAAGUCUUUGUUAUAUGCUAUAAACAAAAUAUAUCCCAGAGCUUCUUAGAGUCAAGUUUCAAGAUUAAAUUCCGUAGAUGGUAGCUGGUGACGGUGUGUAGGUGAAUGUAAUAUCUCACAAUUUUGUGAAAUAAUUGCAUAUGGAACACAGGGCUGUACAAAUUAACUAGCAUAAAAACAGCCGAAAGAAACAAAGUCCUUUAGGCCUAUAUGUAACUGAAUAUGAUGAGAUCAACUGGGCAUUACUCUAGUGCGAAUAUGGAAGUAAGAGAGCUAUGAUUGAUUACCGUAUUCAUACUACUGCCUAUUAUCAUAAUUGAGCUGUAACAGAAUAUGAAGUGCAAUAGGUCAAAUGUUGUGAAGCCCAAUUAAAAAUAUUUGCCAGCAAUGCAACACUGCAGGGGAAUGUCAGACUGUGUAUAAUGAUAUGAAAACUCUCGUGUUGUGUUUUCAAGGCACAGCUGCAUACUGAGUUGAUCAUUGUUUAUUUUAUGAGUAACUGUGUUGGUAAACAUGUUGUGUAAGCUGGGAACACUUAUAAACACUAUGAAUAUUGAAACCAAUAGACAAACUGAAUGUCUUUUAUAUGUGUUUAUGUGUACAGUCAUGCUAUCACUUCGAAAAAAAAUAUUGACUAAUGUUUCCAUGCACCGAGGUGUGUGUGUGUGUGUGACAGGCAUGUCUGUCUCAUCGCUGUGUAUACGACUAGUUAUACUAAAGGAGAUAUCCGAUUUUCGCCUCUAAGAGUAAAUAAAUUUAGUAUAAUAUUGUAAAAAUCUAUACUGCUCGAGUCAAAAUAUUGUCAUUCAUAUAAGAUGAAUAUUGUACAAGUUCAAACCAUGCUCACGCACGUAAAUUUUACUUUAGAGGUGAUAUUCAUUA